UGUGUCCAUUUAUUCCUUUACGUAGGGACUGUCCGGUUUGGCCAAUGGACAUGGCAGAGGGGCAUUGCUGGCACAUGAACAAAAUGUACUUGAACAUUUUGCUGGCUGGUUCGGGGUGACAGAUCAGGGAGGGUUUGAAGGCCGGGGGGAAGGACCGGUGACCCCCAUUGUACGAGGAAGGAGCACCGGGGCUGAAUGCAGCAGGCCCUGCUUGGGAUGGGGGGUCACCUCACUGGCUACAUGGGGGGUUCCCCGAGGGCUGGGUUACGUGGCGGGACAUGAGAACGGGCUGUCCCGCGAGCGGCGGUGGCCAGCGGGGGCUGAGAGCCAGUUGCAUUGUUCAAUCCCCCGGGAACACACCUCAACUCUGCAUCUUCGCUAACCGGCUGACUGGGGUGCAGGGAAGGGGGGUGGCGUGUUAAAGGGACAGUCCUUCCUUUCCCCUUUCUUUGCUGCACACAGACUCCGUGCUCGCGAGUGGGGAAGUCCUGCCUCCUAGAGCAGCCUAGGGAGAGCGGGAGGUUUUCCCAGGUGACGGGGUCAGGGCUGUUGUUAAGAGCAAACCCUCAGGACUGACCCCAGCCUUGGCUGGCGGCUCCACCUGGCAGAAGGGUCCCACGAGUCAGAAUGAAACAGACGCAAUCCCAUAGGCUUGUGUACAAUGCACAGCCCCCACCCCCCGCACACACGGUGCUCCCUGCGGGAGAAGCAGAGAGAGAAAGAACCACGCGGACAGAUGUCAGUCGUGUGCCUUAACGCACAGCUGGCGAUGAGGAUGCCUGGUUUCGUACGGUUAGUAUUACAGGUGUUAUGGCCGCAUCUUGAGGCCCCAACCGGGAUCAAGGCCCCGUCGGGCCGGGCGCCGCCCAGACCCUGGCCGAGAUCAGGGGCUUCACAAAUGGGGAAACUGAGGCAUGGAGAGGCAGGUGCUUGCCCAAGGUCUCAUAGGGACUCUGUGGCAGAGAAGAAAUGAAGCCAGAUCCCCCGAGUCUCAGCCUGGGGCUUUCACCACAAGACCUUCCCCUCAGUCCCCUUAUCGGGGGAAUGGACGACCCAAAGCCGUAUCCUGGCUGGAUCGCCCAGCGGUUGAGUCCUCCAAGCACCCACCAUGGCUUUGGUCUGAUCCAAACCCGCUCUCGGCUGCGCCCAUGUUUGAACAACGCCAGCAGCCCCAGAUAAGAACCGUAUGCACCCGAUGCAAGUUACAACCCCUCCUGGGUAAAUACCGCCCAGCCGGCCUGAAACCAGCCAGUAUAAAGCCUGGGAUCCCCGGGCUGCCGGGACGCCUCUGCCGAGCAGCUCGGCUGCUUCUCGUAGAUCCUACAGCCAGAGCGGGAUUAUUUUGAUCAUCCAGUCGGAGUUCCCGCAGAACGCGGACCAGAGACCUCUCUGGCUGACGUCCGUGACACACAGCCGCAGGACCCGAUGGGGGGCGGAUACAUAACCACUCUUCUGCUGCUGCUCUGUAUUUCCGGCCUGAUCUACCUCCUUGUGCGCAGACCAAGGUCCCGAGGAAGCCACCUUCCCCCCGGCCCCACUCCCCUGCCUUUCCUGGGCAACGCACUACAGCUGAAAGCUGAGGGGAUGGUGAAUUCGCUCAGGGAGCUCCGGGACAAAUACGGCCCAGUCUUCACGGUUCAUCUGGGCCCCCGGCGGGUCGUGGUCCUGUGGGGGUACGAGGCCGUGAAGGAGGCCCUCGAGGAUCGAGCCAACGAGUUCAGCGGGAGAGGGAGGCUGGCGGCCUUCGAGGAAGUUGUCCAGGGGUUUGGGCUGCUCUUCGCCAACGGGGAGCGGUGGCGGCAGCUGCGCCGGUUCUCCCUCGCCGCGCUGCAGGACUUCGGCCCGGGGCAGCGGAGCGUGGAGGAGCGGAUCCAGGAGGAGGCCCAGCGCCUGGUGGAGGAGUUCAGGAAAACCAAGGGUUCGCCCUUCGACCCCACCUUCUUCCUGAGCCGCUCGGCCUCCAGCGUCAUCUGCUCCAUCGUCUUCGGCCAGCGCUUCAAUUACGCGGACGAGAGCUUCCUCGACUUGCUGGCCAAGACUAACCAGGUCUUCGUGCGGCUGAGCUCCACCUGGGGACAGCUCUACGAGAUGUUUUCCUGGGUCAUGCGCUUCCUUCCGGGAGCCCACAAACAGAUCUUCCGAGACCUGGAGGACAUCAACAGCUUCAUCUUGGAGAGGAUCAAAGCGAAGCAGGCAUCUCUGGACCGUGAGAACCCGCGGGAUUUCAUCGACUGCUUCCUCCUCCAGAUGGAAAAGGAAAUUCUGAACCCUGCCACGGAAUUCCACCUCAGGAACUUGGUCCUGACAGCAUUCAACCUGUUCUUCGUUGGCACCGAGCUCGUCAGCUCCACCCUGCGCUACGGACUCCUGGUCCUGCUGAAACACCCGGAGGUAGAAGAGAAGAUGACCCAGGAGAUCGACCGGGUGAUCGGGCGUAGCCGCAUGCCGGCGGUGGAGGACCGGAGCCGCAUGCCCUACACCGACGCCGUCAUUCACGAGAUCCAGAGGUUCAGCGACGUUAUUCCCAUGAACCUCCCGCACGCCCUGACCCGGGACACCCACUUCAGGGGAUACGCCAUUCCCAAGGGCACGGAGGUGUUCCCAGUGUUGAGCUCCGUCCUGCGGGACCCCAGCCGCUUCAGGGACCCUGAGAGAUUCGACCCCGGGCGCUUCCUUGACGAGCAGGGUCGCCUCAAGGCGAACGAGGCCUUCAUGCCGUUCUCCACAGGGAAGCGAAGCUGCGUGGGCCAGGAGUGGGCCAGAAUGGAGCUGUUCAUCUUCCUGACCGCCAUCCUGCAGAACUUCACCCUAAAGUCCCCCGUCCCCCCGCGAGACAUCGACCUCACGCCGCGCGGCAGCGGCUUUGCCCACGUACCUCCCUGCUACCAGCUCUGCGCGGUGCCGCGCGGCGGAGGGAGCCACGCGGAGGAGGAGCCGCCCAAAGAUCGUCCGCAGGGGACAGCGGGGGCCUCGAAAGGGCCAAACCCAGCAACGUAAAGACAGACUCGCCGCUUCUUGGACUUGAGUUGCUGGCCAAAAUGCAGGGCCUGGGGGGCUGUUCCCGCGGGGAGGAGCAGUGGGAGAGAGGAAUCCGCUCCUUCUUCGAUGCUCCGUUUAUUUGCAAAGUACCAAGCCCCGUCUCCCCGAACACAGGAGGAAUCAAACAACGGGGGGGGGAGGACACGUUUCUUCGCUCAGGGUUACAGCUCUCCCCUUCCCCGGGGUGCCACCCCGUUCCAUCCAGGGUCCCCCCCGUUCCAGCCCCAAGACUGGAGACGCUCUGUCCCCCUGCCACAGCCCCAGGCCACAGCGGGGAGUGAGAGCACCUCCAGUCCCAGGGCCGCAGCGGGGGGCCGGGUGCUGGGGCUUCCUCUGCCGGGGACAGGGCCGGGGGGCGCCGGGGGCUUCCCUCACUGCCGUGCCUGCCCGGCGCUGCCUCUGGGGACCAGGGUCAGGGCCUGGGGGCUUUCCCUGCUCAGCCAGGGCUCUGGCCCCCCAAAUGGCCGGGGCCCCCAGGGGCCCCAGAGGCCCAGUGGCUUAUCCGCCUUUGCUUCCCCCCAUCCACUAGGCCAGCAACCCUACCAAAGAAGCAAAUUAGACAGAGGUUAAUGGGGUUACAACCACUCUGACCCUCAACCCAGCAGGCCUCUGAUCGAUAUCAAACCUUCCCUCUCUUCCACACGCCCCAGCCUGCGACUCCGCGGGGGAGAGAAUUUGCUCACCCAAUGACAGCGCCACGCUCAGCCGGGAUCCGGGCACAUCUGCUGCCGAUGGCCCCUGGGACCGAGCGCGGGUGGAACCGUGCGCCAGCGAGACAGACAGCCGCUGUUAGCAGAACGGUUUGCUCGCAGGGUUGCCGAGUGACUAGAGGGCUGGGCUUCAGGAGACCUGCUUCCCCGCUCCGUGCCUCAGUUUCCCCACCUGUAAAAUGAGGCUAAUCAUUCUGAACGGCUGUGAAAUCAAUAAAAAGCCAUUCUGAA